AUGUCCGUCCCCGCGCACAUUCCUGUCGAGCAGCGCUAUGCGGCCGCCGAUGCCGCGCACGCGGCGCAGCUCUCGGGCAUGAGCCAGACGCAGCGCAUGCUCGCCGGGCUGCCCUACGAUCCCGCCGACGCCGCCCUCGUCAAGGCCCGGCUGCGCGUGCGGCGCAUCUUCAGGCAGUUCAACCUCAGCGAAACACCCGCGGACGAUGCGGUCGGCAUGGGAGUGGAGCGGAGGCGGCUCUUCGCCGACCUGCUGGGCAUCAAGGAGAGCGACAUGGCGCAGAAUGUCUUCGUCGAGCCGCCGUUUUGGUGCGACUACGGCACCAACAUCCGCCUCGAAGGCAACUGGUACUGCAACUUCAACACGACCAUCCUCGACUGCGCAGAGGUCGUCAUUGGCGACGGCGUGCUGUUUGGGCCCAACGUCCACCUGUACGGCGGCACGCACACGACGGCCGUGCCGGAGCGUGUCGCAGGCCUGGAGCGUGCGCUGCCCAUCAUCAUCGGGCGCGACUCCUGGAUCGGCGGCAAUGUCUCCAUCAUGGCAGGCGUCACUAUCGGACGGGGCUGCACUGUCGGCGCGUGA